AUGAGCGCUUUCGGGGGGCCGGGUGGUGGACUCGCAACGCAAAAGCCAAUCCCCUUUCCGCUGGACCAUGAAGGCGAAUGCAAAAAGGUCAUGAUGGACUACCUCGGCUGCAUCAAAAAGGUCAAGGGCAUGAACGACAACGAGUGCCGCAACAUUGCAAAGUCCUAUUUGUCCUGCCGAAUGGACAGGAAUCUCAUGGCGAGGGACGAGUUCAAGAAUCUGGGCUUCAAAGAUGACACCGAGACCAAGGAGGUCGAAAAGAGGCCAGGAGAGCUGCGAUGGUAG